AACCCAUGCAAAAGUCUUGACUUUUGGCCUGGCCUGGCCUGGAUCACUUGACUUGACUGUUUCAAGUUGAGUUCUAGAAUGCUUUCGGGCAUCAUCAUUUGGAAUCUUCUGAACAUAUUCUAGAACAUAUUAAGUUGAGUUCUAGAAUGUACCAUAAUUAGAAUGUUGGUUAAAGUAGAAUCCUGAGGUAAACCCCUGAAUCAGUUGGACCUGGCUACAACAGAGAUAACACUGAGAGAGAGCUUUCUGCUGGAGAUUUCACAAAUCAUUCAUUGAUUCACCUACUGUAUUUCAUAUUGGCAAUCCUGCCAAGGACAAAGGAGGAGUGUAUUUUUUCAUAUUGGCGGAAGAUGGAAGUGAGAGGUGAAGCUAGAGGAGAAAAUGGUUGCUUCUUGGGAGCCAUGAGCGCCCUCUUGAACGCCAUCAGACACCGGCUAAGACCAAAGCGAAGACGACAGAGGACCAAGAACCACCGGAUCUGUUGCAACUCUGCUAUGGCCAAGAGAAAGUCGGCAAAAGAGAGAGAACCGACCUGGGCCUAUUCUGGGCUUAACGCCAAGCCGAGCAAGCUAAACCAUAUUGCUAAAGGCACACCUAACGCAGAACUCCAGGAAAGACUUAAGUCUUCCGUGCGGGCUUUUGAAGAGAAGCGCAAGCCACGCUGGGUGGUUCUCCAGCCUGCUGAACCUGCGGGUCAAGCAGAGGUAAUAAUGGAGAACACUGAUGCUGGAGAGGACCCUGCUAAACAACCAAGGGAUAUGGCAAGCAUGAAGAACACUCAGCUUGGAGAGAAUCCUCAGCAUGGUGAAUUGGAUCUUCGGGCUGAUGAACCAGCAACUGGUCCUGACUCCAUUUACCCUGUCCCAUCUGACUGGACUCUUGAACACCUCAUGGAGAAUCUGAAGUCAUCAGCAGACGAUGACGAGGGAGACCAAGCUGGGCCUGGCUCCAGUUCCCUUGUCCCAUCUGACAGGACUCUUGAACACCUCAUGGUGAAUCUGAAGUCAUCGGCAGACAAGGAAGAGGGAGACAAAGCAGGCCCUGGCUCCAGUUCCCCUGUUCCAUCUGAAUCUGCUCUUGACCACCUCAUGGAGGAACAGAGUUCAUCAGCGGAUGAGACUGGAGAGGAUCUUCAGCCUAAUGAUCCACCAAGCUGGCGUCUGACACAUGACCAAAUGUAUCGGGAUGUGACUGGACAAGAUAGAGUGGCCAUCAUGCACUUGGGCCCCUUCAGUUUCGUUGUCCCAUCUAAAUGGGCCUUUGACCAUGUGAGUGGGUGUGAGGAGCAGGACAGUCGUCCAUACGCCAUGGUCUUCUACUGACAGCCAAGCAGACGGCUACAUCUACAUUACCACUCAACUGCUCAGCUGCCUUUUGACUA